AUGGUUCCAAACGGUUUUCUGGCUAAUCUUCAGUUUCUAGGCAAUGGAAUAAGUGCUCACAUGCCGGUCCGACUCGACGAUUUCCAUGAUUUUAUCGACAUUUUCGACGAUUGGCCUACCAGAGCGUGGCUCAUCUUCGACGUCCAUAUUACCGGAACGGAAUCGUUGGAACCACCGCUUUGCUCUUGUAAUUGUGAUUUGAGUGGAUCAUUGGAUGAUGGUAUAUGCGAUUCAAGAACCGAUCCUCUUAAUGGUGAUGAGUCAGGACGUUGUCAUUGCAAAGCCAACGUCGAAGGACGUCGUUGCGACCGGUGCAAGAAUGGUUUCUGGAACUUUGAUCCCAAUAAUCCUGAAGGAUGUCAAGUCUGUACGUGUAAUACUUUGGGUACCGUUGAUAAUCAAGGUUGUGACAUGAAAACCGGCGAAUGCAAAUGCAAACGUUAUGUCACUGCUCGCGAUUGCAAUCAAUGUCUACCGGAAUAUUGGGGACUUUCUGAAGAAUAUGAUGGAUGCAAACCCUGUGACUGCGAUCCCGGCGGUUCUUACGAGAAUUCCUGCGACGUUAUCACCGGCCAGUGCAGAUGUAGGCCACAUAUCAGCGGCAGAACUUGCAAUCAGCCGCAGCAAAGUUAUUAUACCGGCUCGCUAGAUUUUCUGAUUUACGAAGGAGAACUAUCUAGAGCUACCAAUAACUGUCAAGUUGUAAUCAGAGAACCUUAUCGUGAUGGUAGAAACAAUACGUGGACUGGCACAGGUUUCAUGAAGGCUCUCGAGGGUUCAAUGCUGAACUUCACUAUUGACGAUAUUCGUAGAUCUAUGUGGUACGAUGUAAUUAUACGAUACGAACCAAUUUAUCCAGGUGCUUGGGAAAAUGUGGAAAUUAUUCUUGAGAGAGACAGUCCGCCAGAUUCCGAAGGUCUUUGCGCUGACAGGAAGACUGAUCGUUUACAGGCUCAGUUGCCUUUACUUUCGAGAAGCACUAUAGCGCAACCGUCAAUAUGUCUGGAAGCGGGAAAGCGAUAUAACCUGUUGUUGCAAUUUCGCAAUUUUAACAGUCAUAUAGAUACACCGUCAGCCUCUAUCUUGGUUGAUUCGGUUGUUCUCAAGCCGAAGAUAGACGUAAUACCCUUCUUUAACACAUCAGGUUUGGGUGAAUUACGUCGCCAAGAAUAUGAACGAUAUCAUUGUAACGACUUCUUUACUGAUGUCAACAGCGUGUGGAGUAAUAUACCUGAGAUUUGCAGAAAAUAUCAAAAUAGCAUCGGUUAUUAUGUUUUUGAUGGCGCUCACUUAAUCUGAAGAUGGCACCCGUUACUCUCGAUAAGUAAGGUAAAGUAACAAAAUUCACCGGACCCGAAGAACCACCUAGACUUUCUCUUCUCCCAACUUCCACCGUAACUGAGUCAAGCCUACCGUUCACCACACUCAGCUUAUUAUUGAACAAAUAAUGACUUUGCUUAAAAACUUUGAAAAUUAAGAAUUAAGAAAAAAAACUAAAAAAAAAAAAAAAAAGUAUAAAUUGAUAUAAAUUGAUUUAAAAAAAAUUGAUUAUGUCAUAAGAUUAUGUUAUAAGAUAAGAUCAAUUUAUAUAUUAGUCGAUAGAGCAAUUCUCAUAUCCGAUUCAAUUUUCCAACAAAAAAACUUACUUUAUUGCAUACAAAUUCUGCUUGACACCAACUACCCGCUUGACUUGAUUUUCAAUUCCAUCAACAAAAAAAUAAAUAAAUUAUUCUCAACCAAACUUAAUCAAUUUAAUACACAAACAGAUAAUUCCAUCAAAAAUGAACCUGUUAAAUAUUUUGUACUACCUUUCAUUUCAACUUUAAUAGAUCAUAAACAUAACAUUUACAGUUCCAACAUCCCUAACACAAGAUUAGCAUAUCGCAAUUUAAGUCAGUUAAAUAAAUUUAUCAAAACCCACAAGGACAUUGUUCCGUCUAAACAAAAAAAAAUGUAGUCUAUCACAUCUCUUGUGAUUUGUGCGGCUCUAGUUAUGUAGGUCAAACUAAGCGACAACUUGAAACUAGACUUAAGGAGCACAGAAGUUAUGUCAAAAAUCGCAAUUGUGAUUCAGUGAUAUCCGACCAUUGCUUAAAUUCUGGUCACGAUUUCGAUUGGAACUCUGUGAGCAUUCUUGAUAUUGAACCGAAUUAUAUCAAAAGACUUACUUCAGAAAUGAUACACAUCAAAUUACAAACAAACAGUUUUUAUAUAAUGAGGAAUACUGAAUUAUUGGAUAAGUCUUAUUUACCGAUAUUGAAUAAGAUGGCGCAUUAGUUACAUCAGUUUAGACACAUUGUAUACACACUUUAACACUCACUGUACAAUUUGAAUUACGAUAUUUGUAUCAGUACCGACAAAAUUUUCGACAUGACAAGUCUCUCUGUACUCGUGAUACUGACCAUGUUUGUUUAAUUUACACAUAGGAUGUUGGUGUUAUUAUACGGUUUGUUAUUAUUACUGUUGCUUAUAAUGUUUUUUAAUCAUUGUGUUUUUCAUAUAUGCGUAUAAUUUUAUAUAUCCGAUCAUGUAUACUUUUUGUCGUCUUAGAUAUUAAUCCACUAAAGAUGAUUUUAAAAUAAAUCG